ACCUAAUCCCAUAUACAAAAACGUAUUCAAACCAAACACUAGUUAAUAUAUAUUGAAAUAAUGUCGUCAGAAGGAUUCUCCAUUAAAGCUAGAGGCUUAGGUAACAAUAACAACAUGGGAGGUGGAGGAACGGGGACUAAGUGUGGACGGUGGAAUCCAACGGUGGAGCAAGUGAAACUUCUGACGGAUCUGUUCAAGGCGGGGCUACGAACACCAAGCACCGACCAGAUUCAAAAGAUCUCUACGGAGCUGAGUGUCUACGGUAAGAUCGAGAGCAAGAACGUGUUCUAUUGGUUCCAAAACCAUAAAGCUAGGGAAAGACAAAAGCGUCGUAAAAUCUCCACCGUCGAUUACGAUCAUCGUCAAGACACAAAUCUCUCUCUUUCACAUCGACACAACCCAUGUCAUCACCAAACACCACCUAAAGAUACUUUCGGAGGCCGUGAAGAAGAGGAGAAUGUGAUAGAGACAUUGCAACUCUUCCCAUUAUCGAAGGUUGAAAGAGCUAAUAUUACUGCUGCGAGCUACAACGAAUACAUAAGAGAGCAUGUCAAUACGACGGUGUUUUCCACAUACUCAUCAUGCGGUGCUGAGAUGGAACAUCCACCGUUGGAUCUUCGACUAAGCUUUCUAUGAAUGUGUUUUCAUUUUAACGACUCUAAUGGAAUCCAAAAAAAAAAAACAUGAGACCCAAAUAUGCGGAGUUAUAUGCUAAGAACCCGAUCAGAAGAUGAUGUGCUAGAAUUAACAUUGGUGUCAAAACUCAAAAGAAUAUUCAUGAAUAAAAUAUCAAAUAUUUUCGGUGUAAUGGAUUAGCUAGGUUGGUGUAGUAGCACUUUAGAAGUUGUAGUGACAUCUAGCUAUCAUGCGACUGGGACUUGUAAGAGCAGCAUUAUCGCGCAAAAAAAAA